AUGCUGAGCAAGCUCAAUUUUGAGUUCCCCGAAGAGAAGAAACCAAGUUUUAACGAACCUUUGAAACCACCCCAAUUUGCUCGACUACGCGACGGACCAAUGAUGAGAGGUCUCACGGAUUUGCCCCCUGAUGGUGGUGCGUCCACAUCUGCCGCGGGAAACUUUGUUAGACAGGUUUGUUGUCCGUUUUCAUAACCAAAAAACCGUCAUUUUUUUCAGGACUCUCUUGCCCUUGCCGCCUCAUACCAACAGCGUGAUCGGGAAAGGCAAAACAUUGAUUUUAUGGAGGCUGAACUGGACCUGGACAACUAUCUGGCGUGUUUCACUGAUUUGGAUGUUCCCGCUGACAACGUUGACUUUGACGACGCGGAACUCCAAAAAGUGAACAUUUUGUACGAUGGAGAACAACCGUACACGGAGCCGCCGCCGAUGAACGGUUAUGAACGACAUGUGGCCUACACUUCUGGAUUCUCAAAGCCUGAGGAUUUCGACAAUGACUCUUACAAGAUGAACUGUGAGGUGAAAUCUGAGCAGCCGGACUACGACACAAAAACUCGUCGUUUGAUAAAGAAGCCAAUGAACUAUCAGCUCUACGAGCAACACUACAAUGAUAGCAGCGACCUUUCGGAUGAUCCAAGUGUGGAUGACUCCUACUAUGAACCUAUCAGCAAGAAGAAAAAAUCGAAUGGAGUAGAUCACUUUAAGCCGAGCACGAGAGCAAGAAAGUAUAAUCUAAAGCCGGUCGAGGAGAAGGCUGAACCGACGUAUAAGUUAAAAAGAGCUAGGAACAAUGAUGCCGUCCGAAAAAGCAGAAAUAAAGCAAAGGAGAUGCAGAAGAAGAAAGAAGAGGAGCACAAUAAGAUGAAGAAGCGAAUUGCCGAAUUGGAAGGACUUUUGGCUUCGGAGCGUGAGGCACGGCGGCGCGAUCAGGAGCUCCUGGAGCAACUUUUGAGAGCGAAGUGAGUUAUUGAGAUAAAUAACGGUUUUGUAUAGUAACCAAUGUGAACUUGGACUUGUGUGAACUACUACUGGAAUACAUAAUGUAUUUUUCAGAGGAAUGAAAGAUGGCCACACUCGAAACGCUUUGGAAAACUACAACAAAUGA